AUGCUAUUAUUUUCAUCAACAACUGUACAAUUCUUUUCAUUAAUGUUGAUAUAUUCAUUUUGCAUAACAGUUCUUUGGAUAAUAUUUUGUGCAUCAUAUUUGCUUACAUUCUAUGAUGAUACACGUAGAGUGUUUCGUACUUCACAAGUUUGGGCAAGAGUAAGGAAUGGAGUCGGGGAAAAAAUGGCAAUGUUGGGAGAUGGUUGGGGAGAUUUCUUUCAAAAAUGUUUUGAUCAAUGGGAUGAUGUUGAUGGAAAUAAAAAUGGUCAUCUUGGACAUUGGGAGGGUUGGUUGAAAGGUACAAUGUUUAAUUUUAUGACAAUAGUUACAGGUCAAGGUGUUAAUGAUAAAUUUAAACAAUCAGCUCCAACUUUUCGAUCUCAAUUUAACAAUACAAAAAAUACUACUACUAACAACAAUACUACUAGAAAUGGUGGUUAA